UUAAACCCUAAUAAUAUGAGUGCUACUUGAGUUUCUUCUUCUGGGGUUUUAAAUCUGCUUCCUGGAUCUGUAGCUCCGAAGUUUGUAGCGAUUCGUACUUCUCUCCGUUAUGAAAAAUUUGAAGCUUUUCUCUGAGGUUCCUCAGAACAUCCAAUUCCAUUCGACCGAAGAAGUUGUACAGUUCGCAGCCUAUGACAUCGAUCAAAGUCGCUUAUUUUUCGCAUCUUCUGCUAAUUUAGUUUACACCCUUCAGCUCUCUUCCUUUCAAAAUGGGAGAGCUGGAGCAAAAACCGCUUUACCUGUGGAGGUCUGCAGUAUCGAUAUAGAGCCUGAGGAUUUCAUCACGGCCUUUGACUAUCUCGCUGAGAAGGAGUCUCUGUUAAUUGGGACUUCUCAUGGGCUUCUUCUGGUUCAUAAUGUGGAGAGCGAUGUGACUGAGCUAGUUGGAAAUAUUGAAGGAGGUGUCAAGUGUAUCUCGCCUAGUCCUACUGGAGAUCUACUUGGAUUGAUUACUGGUCUUGGACAGUUGCUUGUAAUGACUUAUGAUUGGGUCUUGAUGUACGAGAGGGCGCUUGGAGAGGUUCCUGAAGGUGGUUACGUGAAGCAGAUGAUUUGUCUGUAAAUUGUGGGGGUAUUUCCAUUUCCUGGAGAGGUGAUGGAAAAUAUUUUGCGACUAUGGGUGAGGUUUAUGAAUCCGGUUGUAUGUCCAAGAAGAUUAAGAUAUGGGAAAGUGAUUCCGGUGCUUUGCAGUCUUCUUCAGAAACAAAAGAUUUCACGCAGGGGAUUCUUGAAUGGAUGCCGAGUGGGGCAAAAAUCGCAGCUGUUUAUAAGAGGAAAUCAGAUGAUGGCAGUCCAUCAAUUGCUUUCUUCGAGAGGAAUGGACUUGAGAGGAGCUCGUUUAAAAUUGGUGAACCAGCAGGAGAUGCUAUGGUAUCAUGUAAAACUCUGAAAUGGAAUUC